AUGGAUCGUGAAUGGGUAAAGAACCCGAAUAGGGUAUCUCCUCAGUAUGUGGCAGGGAUAGAAGAAUUUAUAACUAUUGCAAAAGAGAGUUUGAAUUCUGCGGGGUUAACUCUAUGUCCAUGCUUAAACUGUGCUAAUAGGAGGUUGCAAAGUAUAGAUGUCAUUAGAGCUCAUUUGAUUAAAAAGGGAAUUGAUAACUCAUACACACGAUGGGUGUACCAUGGUGAGGAAGAAUCUGAGGAGGAAGAAGGUGUGGGCAACGAGGAAUUCUUUAAUGAGCAAUUUGAUGGAUUGGGAGAAGGAUUGCACGAUGCGGCUGGUGUUGACCUUUUUAAUAUUGGGCCUACGAGUGACUUUGUUGGAAAUGAACGACCAGCUAUUGAAGAAGCCCGUUAUGAGAAGCUAUAUGAAGCUUUAAAUAAUCCUGUAUAUAAUGGAUGUGAAAACUUCUCUACUUUAACCUUUGUUGUGAAGCUGAUGAAUAUAAAAGUGAUGAACAAGUGGAGUGAUAAUUCUUUUGAGAUGCUAUUGAAGCUAAUCCAUGAGGUGCUCCCAAAGGGUAAUAAUUGUCCAGAGAACUAUUAUGACACUAGAAGAUUGCUUUGUGAUCUCGGUUUGGGUUAUGAGCAUAUUGAUGUUUGUCUAUAUGAUUGUGCUAUCUUCUAUGGUGAACAUAGUAAUGCUACAAUAUGUCCUGUUUGUAAAUAUAGUCGCUAUGUUCGUAACAAGAUUCCGCAUAAGAGGUUGCGAUACUUCCCUGUCACGCCUCGUCUGAAGCGGUUAUAUAGCUCACGACACACAGCUAGAGACAUGCGUUGGCAUAAAGAAAUUCGUGCGGAAGAGCCUGGAGUGUUGCGUCAUCCUGCUGAUGGGAAGGCUUGGAAGCACUUUGAUGAGUUGUACCCUGACUUUGCUGCUGAUUCAAGGAAUGUACGAUUGGGGUUAGCUUCAGAUGGGUUCAAUCCAUUUAGCAAUAUGUCGACAACACAUAGUAUAUGGCCAGUCAUUUUGAUGCCUUAUAACAUGCCGCCUUGGCGUUCAAUGCAUAAGAGCAACUACCUCUUAACGUUGUUGAUUCCAGGACCAAAGUCCCCUGGUAAGGACUUUGAUGUAUUUUUAAGACCCCUUGUGGAUGAGCUUAAAGUUUUAUGGUGUAACGGAGUUCAAGCAUACGAUGAAUACUCCCGAUCAAGUUUCACUCUUCGUGCAACAGUUAUGUGGACAAUUAGCGACUUCCCUGCUUAUGCUUACUUAUCUGGGUGGAGCACUAUGGGUAAAUUGUUAGAAGAGGUACCUAUAUGCACCCCUGGUAAAGCACCUAAUAAUGAUGAUAGAAAACGUAAACGUGGUGUUGAUGAGUUGAAUUGGUCAAAAAAGAGUAUAUUGUUUGAACUACCAUAUUGGUCAAAGCUAUUGAUGCGUCAUAAUCUUGAUGUCAUGCAUAUUGAAAAAAAUGUUUGUGAUAAUAUUGUUGGAACCUUGUUAAAUGAUCCCAUGAAGUCGAAGGAUACUGUGAAGGCACGUUUAGACUUGGAGGAUCUUAACAUUCGUAAAGAAUUAUGGUUGAAGGAGCGGAAUGGAAAAUUUGAGAAACCUCAUGCAAAUUACACGUUGAGUAAAUCAGAUUGUGAGGGAUUUUGUGACUUUAUCAAGUCAGUUCGCUUACCGGAUGGGUAUGCUUCAAACAUCAGUCGUUGUGUGACAGACUCUCAUACACUUGGUGGGAUGAAAACACAUGAUUGUCAUGUAUUGCUCCAAAAAAUACUACCAGUGGCCAUUCUCCCAUACUUAGACAAGAAAAUACGAGCCACACUAAUUGAGUUUUGUCAAUUCUUUCAAAAAUUAAGUGCCAAGACUCUAUAUGUCAACAAACUUGAGAAUAUGAAGACAGGGAUUGUUAUCAUACUAUGUAAACUUGAAAAGAUAUUUCCUUUGUCAUUCUUUACAAUCAUGGUUCACUUAUGUGUGCAUUUACCUGAACAAGCAUUGUGGGGUGGACCAGUCAGUUCAAGGUGGAUGUUUGGCAUUGAACGUCGCAUGGGUACAUAUAAGGGAUACGUUCGUAACUUUUCACGCCCUGAUGGUUCCAUUACUGAAGCAUAUGUUGUUGAUGAGGCUGUGACAUUUUUAUCUCGAUAUUUGCAUAAUAUUGAGACAAGAUUCACACGUCUAGAACGUAAUUGGGAUGUACCUUGUACACAACAUAAGAUGGAGUUAUUUAACAAUAAGAUUCGUACGAUGGGGGCCUCUAAAUUUGGUAAGCUAGGGGUUUUUGACCAUGUGGUGCAAUGGUACCUUUUGAAUAACUGCGGAGAUGAACUUGAUGGUUACAUAAAUGAGCAUAAAGAAGUAUUGCGUUUGAGAAAUGUGCGGGAAGAAGAUUUCGAAGUCGUACAAAAACAUGAAUUUCCUUCUUGGUUCAAGAACAAGAUGGCUAAUCUUAGAGUCAAUGGCGAUCCUAAAGCAACUGAUUAUUUGUACUCAUUGUCACAAUAUGCGGAUGAUCGUUACACAAUUUGGCAUAGUUGCAUUGUUAAUGGCGUUAGAUUUCGCUGCAAAGAACGUGAUGAUAAGUUCAAGACACAAUGUAGUGGAGUUUGUACAGAGGGUGAUUAUGAGAGUAGUGAUUUCACAUAUUAUGGUGUUCUACUUGAAAUUUUAGAAUUGGAUUUCAUCUAUCAACGUACGGUAUUCAUGUUUCGUUGCAAGUGGUACAAUACUGAUCCGAAAGGAAAAAGAAUAGUGGUUAAUAAUAAUUUGACAUCACUUGACAUUACAUCUAAUUGGUAUGCUGAAGAUCCAUUUAUUUUGGCCACACAAGCUCAACAAGUUUUUUACCUAAAUGAUCGAAGUCGGGGAAAGAAUUGGAUGGUUGUACAAAAGGUAAAUCAUAGGAACAUAUAUGAUAUAAUUGAGCAUGACGAUGAUGAAGAGAGGGUGAACGAUGAUAUCUUUCAAGAGGAAGAAUCUAGUGAGUUACCGCAUUUUCAGCCAACGGAAGAGGUAGUCGACACGUCUUUAUUGGUUCGGCAAAAUGAAGAACCAAUAAGUUUUCCUCAUGAGUUGGUGGUUAAAUUACGUAGUGAACAAACAUUUCUUAAUGAUCGAGAACAUAACUUGGAAGAUAUUGAGGAUUAUGAUGACGACGGUAGAUUUUUUAUUACCGAUGAAGUAACUUUAGAAUCUGAGACUGAUGACGACUCUGAUGACCCAGAUCUUGAUGACAAUGAUGAUGAUGAUGCAUGA